UUGGAUUUAUCACAUAAUAAUUUAACUGAUUUAUCGGAUAAUGUUUUGUGUUUGGAGAAUUUAACGAGUUUAGUACUUGAUCAUAAUCGGAUACAUUCUGCUUCUACUUUUAAUUCAGGAAAACCCCUUCCGAAAAUUACAUUAUUAUGGGUCAAUUCAAACAAAAUUAAAGAUUUAAAACAAUUUGUAGAAAAGGUUGCCUAUCAUUUUCCUAAUUUAAAGAUAUUUUCCAUGUUGAAGAAUGAAGCUUGUCCAAACUUUUUCACUGGUGGAUCUGCAGAGGAAUAUGAACAAUAUAGAUUGUUUGUGAUUAGUAGAUUGAAUAAUUUAACAGUAUUGGAUUCAUCAACAGUUACAAAAUCUGAGAGAGAAAUUGCAAAGAAA